AUGAACUGCCUGUUCUUCACGGGUAUGUUGUCUCCCAAUUCCAAGCAGGCCCCUGUCCCUGGCUUCAAGAUUUGCUUCAACGAUAGCAGAGAUGCAGAGCAUCGUAUAUUCCACAUCGACAUCAAGGAUGUGAGAAAGUGGCGAGACGAGUUCAAGCCAGAGAGGCUUGGUAACAAAGCACACCGAAGGCGUCAAGACACCGGCGCAUCAAUGCGUCAAUGGGCCAUCACCAACAGUUCCUUCGUUAUUGGCAACCAAGAGGAUUUUCCCAUUCCAGAACUCGAGCCAGGAUCCCCCGACAGUGAAUCAUCAUGUGACUCUCUAACUCUUACAAUGGAGGAGUUGGAUCUUUUUGGAAAUACGAAAUACAAUGACACCAUUGAUGCCAAAAUAAUUGCAGAACGGGUCAAGGCCAAAAGGAUCCUCGAAGGUACGCUGAUUCCUCCCCCUAAUCGCGAGUAUGAAGGUGAUUAUGCCCUCUUGUUCCGAUUAUUCGCCGCCAUAGAGGAGUGGGAACAACAGUCUGGUCUUGUUGAUGAUGGUCCGAAAGGGUGGAAAUUUUUGCAUGGCAUUAUCACCGCGGGGCAGAGCGAUGAGUCCAAUGAAUUUCCUGCCUACCAUCCCAGCCAACGAGCAUUUCUCCUUCUUCGGCAUUUCAGGGGGCCUUUCCUGGUUACCUAUUCUGUUCGAAACAUCAAUGCUUGCAGCCAUGUGCAACUCUUGAAGCUCAUUAGGCAGAUGGAAACAACCGGAUGGAAUGACAUGAUUUAUGUCACCCAGGAGGGUGAGGAGAUCCCUUACCGCAUCGAAAGUAAGAAAACCCCCAAAGUGUUGGAAUGGCGAGGCUUUGACGAUGAGUAUGGGCAUCCAUGGAUGCCAACUAAACAGGCUAGGGGAGGCAAGAAACUUAGGAGCUUUAUCCUAAACAAUAAAAAGACUUAG